UUAUUGCUGGGUUAAAUCGCUUUUGAGGAUUUUUUUGAGCCAUCAUGGCAGCCGGUUAGUCAGACAGAUAGUGUAGACUAAUACAGCAAUUGAAGCAGCAUGGUCCGAGUGGUCUUUUUGCACCCUGAUUUGGGAAUAGGAGGCGCAGAGCGGCUGGUGGUGGAUGCAGCUGUGGCCCUGCGUUCGCGUGGAUGCAGUGUCCAGAUCUGGACGGCGCAUUACGAUCCACAGCACUGCUUUUCAGAAACGCUGUCGCCUGACCUGCCCGUGGUGUGUGUCGGUGACUGGUUGCCCACCAGCGUGUGUGGGUACUUCCACGCCAUCUGUGCCUACCUGCGUAUGAUUUAUGUAGCUUUCUACCUGGUGUUUCUGAGCGGAGUGGAAUAUGAUGUGAUUUUCUGUGACCAGGUGUCUGCAUGUAUUCCUGUCUUGCGUCUGACACGCCACAGGAAGAAAGUUCUCUUCUACUGCCAUUUCCCCGACCAGUUGCUAACCGAGAGGCGUUCUCUGCUCAAGCGUCUCUACCGUGCGCCCAUAGACCGCCUGGAGGAGUUCACAACCGGUAUGGCUGACCUCAUCGUAGUCAACAGCAAAUUCACUGCCAACAUCUUCAAACAGACCUUCCCUAACCUGUCUGCGAUCCAAACAGAUGUCCUUUACCCCUCUCUGAACACGUCCUCCUUCGAUCAGAACGUGAAAGACCUUGACGGGUUGAUCCCUGAGCACCGGCGCUUUAUUUUUCUCUCAAUAAAUCGCUACGAGAGAAAGAAGAACCUGCCGUUAGCGUUGCAAGCACUGGCUGUUUUGAAGGAGCAAAUUUCGACUGGGCAGUGGGAACAGGUCCACCUGGUCAUGGCAGGUGGCUACGACGACCGCGUGGCCGAGAAUGUUCAGCACUAUGGCGAACUACGCUCUCUAGCCUCCUCUCUUGGCCUGGAGGAACACAUCACCUUUCUGCGCUCUUUCUCUGACCACCAGAAGGUGGCACUGCUAAGCAAAAGCACUUGUGUCCUUUACACGCCCAGUGGUGAGCACUUUGGAAUCGUACCCGUGGAGGCCAUGUACAUGCAAUGCCCCGUGAUUGCUGUAGCUUCUGGGGGACCUCUGGAGUCUGUGGCGGAUGGAGAGACGGGCUUCUUGUGCCAGCCUACAGCCGAGAGUUUCGCUGAAGCAAUGCAGCGGUUUGUGGUUGAGCCAGAGCUUAAGCAGCGCGUAGGGAAGGCAGGAAGGGAAAGGGUGCUAGGGCGCUUCUCUCUGAAGGCUUUUACCGAUCAGCUUUACCAGUAUGUUCUCAGUUUGAUCAGCUGACCCUUUGACCCUAAACCCUCCUGUCAUUCCACUGACCUAGUGGUAAAAGAAUGCACUCUCUAGAGUCGUGAACAUGCAGGGAAUUGAGCUGCCGAGCUGACUGAGAGUUUAAUGGUCUAGUUUUUGCUGGAUGUCUUUUUAUCCACUGACCAAUUAAAAUGUUUUAGGGGCAGAAGUCGAUCUUCAUACAAACUUUCAAGUUUCCUAGAGUUGCUGCAAUUAUAUUUACAAGAGAUGUUUAGAUGUUUAUUUAGCUUUGAAGCAAAUAUUUAGACUUUCCAUUAGAUGGAAAGUUUCUGACACUGGAACACUUUCACAUACGGGUUCGGGAUUGAUAUUGACCGUUUACUUCCUUGUCAAUGCUUUAAAGAAUCAUGAUUAAACUAGUUGGUGUACAA